AUGGCUGCUCUUCGUACGUCUUCGCGCUCGCUCCUGCGAUCUGUCGCAGGCGCUGCGGCACGAUCCAACCUGGUCGCUGCGGUGGCCAGCAGCUCUUCGCGCACCGCCAGCCGAUCUCUCACCACCUCCGCCGCUCGAUCCUCGGAUGCGCUCUUCGUCCACCGCAACACGGACUACAACAACCCAGACAUCCCGUUCGAGUUUAAUGAGGAGAACGCAAAGAUGGCGCAGGAGAUCAUCUCGCACUACCCGGCGCAGUACAAGAAGGCGGCGGUGAUCCCAUUGCUCGACCUGGGCCAACGACAGAACUCGGGUUGGGUGUCGAUCUCCGUCAUGAACUACGUGGCCAAGCUGCUCGAGAUGCCGCCCAUGCGCGUGUAUGAGGUGGCUACGUUCUACACCAUGUUCAACCGCGAACCGGUGGGCAAGUACUUUUUGCAGCUUUGCACCACCACCCCAUGCAUGCUCGGCGGGUGUGGCUCGACAAAGAUCCUCGAGGCGCUCGAGGGUAAGCUGGGCAUCAAGGCCGGCCAGACGACCAAGGACAAGAAGUUCACGUUGGUCGAGGUCGAGUGUCUCGGCGCCUGUGCCAACGCUCCCAUGAUCCAGAUCAACGACGACUUCUACGAGGACUUGACCCCAGAAAGCAUGGUCAACAUCAUCGAGAAGCUCUCCAACGGCGAAAAGGUCAAGCCCGGCCCGCAAUCCGGUCGUCACUCGUCCGAGCCCGCUUCCGGCCGAACUGCUCUCACUUCAGAACCAUACGGACCAGGCAAGCACUGCGUCCCCGAGUUCGCCUGA